GAGGAGUAUAUAGAGGAACACAGGGGUCUCUACAAGGACGUGAUGAUGGAGAAUCACCGGCCCCUCACAUCACUGGAUGGGCCCAGUAACAGAGAUACCCCAGAGAGAUGUCCCCGUCCUCUGUAUUCCCAGGAUUGUACAGAGGAGAAUCACAGGAUCCCACAGGAGGAUCAGGUAGAACAUCUGUCUAAUAUUAAAACAGAAGAUACAGAGGGAGAAGAAGAGACGUAUGUGACUGUUAUAAAAGAAGAAGAUAUAGACGGAGAAGAGGAGACAUAUGUGACUGAUAUAAAGGCAGAAGAUAUAGAGGGAGAAGAGGAGACGUAUGUGACUGAUAUAAAGACAGAAGAUAUAGAGGGAGAAGAAGAGACGUAUGUGACUGAUAUAAAGGCAGAAGAUAUAGAGGGAGAAGAAGAGACGUAUGUGACUGACAUAAAGGCAGAAGAUAUAGAGGGAGAAGAAGAGACAUAUGUGACUGAUAUGAAGGAAGAAGAUACAGAGGGAGAAGAAGACACGUAUGUGAGGGGUAAUCAGCAGUGUAAGGAGGAGGAGAUCCCUACAGAUAUCAGCACAGUGUAUCGUUCUCAGUCAUUGUCCUCAUUGCCUAUCCCUCUACAUCUUCGGGCCUAA